UUUUUUUUUUUUCUCUCUCUCUUCUCUUCUCUUUAUAAUAACCUCAAUACUUCAUCUAUACUACUUUCUUUAGUAGUUAGUUUUGUUUUCGUUUCCUUUUUUUUUUAUUAUUAUAUCUUUUGAAAUUUUUUUUUUGGCUGGUCCUUUCCAUUACCAAGGUUACUUGCUUACUUUAGAAAGUUGACCUCAUCUUUAUUUUUCGGUUGACGUUUCUUUUCGCCAUCAUCAUAUUCUACAUCCUCGAUAUUUAUAUAUUAUAUCAACCCUUAUAACAAGACCUUUUAUAAUAUCAAAAAAUGGCUGAUCAAGACAAAAAGAUACAAGAAUUGACGGCACGUAUUGAACAAAACAAAAAGAUGCGUGACAAGGCGAUUCAACUUCGAGGACUUUUACGUGAUCGAAAUGGAAUUUCUCAAUGUGAAACUGAAAUUAAGGAAUAUCAAAAAUAUAUUGAUUAUUUUUCAGAAGAACUACAUAAAUUACAAGCAAAAUCAGCUCAUCGACAAAGUACAGAUGAUUCAACCAUUACUCCUACUACUGAACCAAACACUCCUCUUACUUCAUCAGAUCAACAAGCUGCUCCACCUCGUACAAGUAGUAUGGCUUCUUCUACUACUACUAAUUCAUCAUCUCAACUUGUUAGUCCUACAAAUACUUUGACAAAUACAACAAACGACAAUAAUCCUUCUGUACCAAGGAAAAGAUAUACUAAUCUCGAUCUUUUGACCACCGCCACUCCUUACAAUAAACCCAAGGUGUCUCUCAAGUUACAUGAAUUGGAAUACAAAUUAGAUGUGGAAAAACAAAUGCUUAGUGCUAUCAAGAAUAUGGCUGAAAUCUUUGAAAAAGAUCCUUCUGGUGAUCGAAAACGUCGUAGUGAAGUUCAAGGUCAAUUAUAUGAAUCUAUUGAAAAACUCAACUUGUUGAAAAAAGCUUUACGAAAAUACAAGGACCUUUAUAUUGAUGAAGGCGAUGAAGAUGAUGAUGAAGUCGAAACACCUCCUUCUGCUCGUCUACCUCCUGGUCUUCGUCGUCCUAUCACUGGUAAAUUAUUGAUGGAAAUCGUUGAAGCUCGUGAAUUGGCUCAUGCUCCUACAAGAAUGAUCAAAAGUCCUAGUACUAUUGUUGUCAUCAAAAUUGAUAAUAAUGUUGUUUUUAGCUCACGUCCUUCUCGUUCUGAUCGUUGGUUUGAACAAUGUGAAAUCAAUGUUAACAAGGCAUCAGAAGUUGAAGUCUCUUUAUAUGAUCAAGCUUUGGAUCGUGCCACUGAUCGUGUUAGUCUUCCUAUUGGUGUUUUUUGGUUAAAGAUCACUGAUAUUGCUGAAGGUCUUCGUCGUCGUAAAGUUCAACAAGAGAAUGGUAUUCGUUGGGUUUCUGCUGCUGAUCAACAACAAUCUACUGGUGGUGGUGAUGUUACUUCUUCUGAUAAUCCAGACAAUGAUAACAAUAAUAAUAACAAGCCAGAUGAUCCUUCCUCUAUUCCACCCUCUCAGCAACCUAUGAAACAAGCUUCUGAUGGUAUUGAAGCAUGGUUUGAAAUUGAACCUUUGGGAAAAAUUGCUUUGAGAUUGAACUUUGUACGUGAAACUACGGCUGGUCGUCCUAUGGAUCGUUUGGGUAGAGCUGGUGCUGUGCGUCAACGAAAGGAAGAAGUACAUGAAAUCAAUGGACAUCAAUUUGUGGAAAAGAAGUUCUACAACAUUAUGAAAUGUGCUUUGUGUGGUGAUUUCUUGGUGAAAAGUGGUUAUCAAUGUGAGGAUUGUGAAUAUACUUGUCAUCCUGAUUGUUACGGAAAGGUCGUGACCAAAUGUAUUUCCAAAUCAACAUCUGAAAAUGAUUCGGAUGAAGACAAACUCAAUCAUCGUAUUCCUCAUCGAUUUGAACCCAUUACAAAUAUUGGUGGUAAUUGGUGUUGUCAUUGUGGUUAUAUGCUUCCUCUUGGUUCCCGAAAUGCAAGAAAGUGUUCAGAAUGUGGUAUCACCUGUCACGCCAAAUGUGCUCAUCUUGUUCCUGACUUUUGUGGUCUUUCAAUGAAGAUGGCAAAUCAAAUGUUGGCCGAAAUCAAAGCAGCCAAACGAAAAACAUUGGAAACAAAUACAAGCUCCAAACCCAAGCCAAAACCUGAACAAGGAUCUCCGUCAACAGCUCAUGAUUUGUCUCCUCAAUUGUCACAAAUGCAAAUCUCUCCUCAACCUUUGCCACCAAAGACACCACCUGCUUUGCAUCAUCCUUCUCCUGUUCAACCAACUACAGGUCAAUCUCCUACCAUGAGUCCUAGUCCUCAACAACCUCGUCCUGUGAUGCCUGGUCCUCCUCCUAUGGUCCCUAUGCAUGGUGCUGGCCAUCCUCCUCCUCCUCAUCCUCAACAACAACAACAAGCUGGUUAUCCCUUCCCUCAACCUCAAUAUGAUCCUAGAUAUCAACAACGUCCUCCUCAAUUUGAUCCAAGAUAUUAUCCUCAACAACAACAACAACAACAACAACAUAUAGAUCCUAGAUAUCCUCCUAUGCAACAACAACCACCUUAUGGUCAACCUAUUCCUUCUUAUAAUACGCAACCAAUACCCAAUCCUGCUAUGCGUCCACCUGCUCCUCAUCAUCAUCAACAACAACAACAACAGCAUCCUCAAUCUCCUGUUGGUGGUGUUCCACCUCCUGCUGCUGCUGCUGGACAUCUUCAACAACGACCUCCUCCUACAACAACACCUGCAAAACCUAUGGUAUCUCCUGGUGGUGGUGCUCCUGCUCCUCCUCGUAAAGUGGGAUUGGAAAGUUUCAACUUUUUGGCAGUGUUGGGUAAGGGUAAUUUCGGUAAAGUUAUGUUGGCGGAAGAAAAGGCAAAUACAUCCAAUCUCUAUGCUAUCAAGGUGUUGAAAAAACGAUUCAUUAUUGACAAUGAUGAAAUUGAAAGUGUACGAUCGGAAAAACGGGUAUUCCAAGCUGCCAAUCGUGAACGUCAUCCUUUCUUGAUUGGACUUCAUUCUAGUUUCCAAACUGAAUCUCGUGUAUACUUUGUCAUGGAAUAUGUUAGUGGUGGUGAUUUGAUGUGGCAUAUUCAAAGAGAACCUUUUUCAGAACGUCGUGCAAAAUUCUAUGCAUGUGAAGUUUUAUUAGCAUUAGAAUAUUUCCAUAGUCAAAAUAUUAUCUAUCGGGAUCUCAAAUUGGACAAUAUUAUGCUUGGGUUAGAUGGUCAUAUCAAGAUUGCUGAUUAUGGGUUGUGUAAGGAAAAUAUGGGUUAUGGACAAGUGACAGGCACAUUCUGUGGUACUCCAGAAUUCAUGGCACCAGAAAUCCUUUUGGAACAAAGAUAUGGACGUGCUGUAGAUUGGUGGGCAUAUGGUGUAUUGAUCUAUGAAAUGUUAUUGGGCCAAUCUCCUUUCCGUGGUGAAGAUGAAGAUGAAAUAUUUGAUGCCAUCCUGGAAGACGAAAUCUUAUAUCCUAUCAACAUGUCACGUGAUUCAGUAGGUAUCUGUCAACGGUUAUUGACACGAGAUCCUGAACGACGUUUAGGUUCGGGUCCAAAUGAUGCUGGUGAUAUCAAGGGACAUCCUUUCUUCCGUGGUGUCAACUGGGAUGAUAUGCUUGCCAAACGUGUUCCUCCUCCUUUCUAUCCUACCAUUACGGAUCGUUUGGAUACUUCCAACUUUGAUGAAGAAUUUACUCGUGAACGUGUCGCUCUCACUCCAAUUGAUGUCAAUAUGACCCGUGUGGAACAACAAGAAUUCCAAGCCUUCUCUUAUGUUGCUGAUUGGGCAUCUCAAGGCCGAUGGUAA